CUCAUCAGAGUUAAAUUCAUGUUUUCCCUACAAUGAACUCAGUAGUCAAAUUGACUCCUUUAUGAACGUUCAAGAUUUAUCAGGAAUUGAAAACAAAAUAAUAAGUGUGGAAGAUUCAAUUUGUAAACUUCCAAAAUGUUCUGACUCCUUAAUUUCAAAUUUCAAUUCCACUUUUCAUUCAAAAUGCUCGACUGAUAUCGCUGCACAAAGUAACGAUGCUUUAACAAUAUCCGCACUUAUUUAUGAAUAUUCGCCACUUAGGGAUACACUUUGCUUUAAGAAUUCUACUGGUGGAUAUUGUGUUAUUGAAACUUUGGAAAAUGUUUUAAAAGAAGGCGGAAAUUAUCAAAACAUUUCUUCGCAAACUAUAUGUACAACUUGCAACAAGGCAAUUGCCAAUACUUGGGUGAAUUAUAUGAAAUCGCACCCUCCUCCGCCUGAACUUAGUUCUCAAUUUAGUGUUGCAAUUUCUUCCAUAAACACUGAGUCCAACAAAACAUGUGGACCUUCAUUUUUAGAUGGAAAUGUUCCUCUUGCUGCAAAUAGUAAUAGUAAAUCUAAUAAUGGUGCAACCAUUUUCAAUAUGAAUUUUGCAAUGUUGACCGCUUCUAUCUUAAU